AUGCACGAGCACACCAUCGACCUCCAACAGAUCUUCCAAGCCGCCGGUGGAUAUUCCCCGGCCUGUUUCCCGUUCAUCCGCGAUGGUCUCGCACACACAGCACAGAUGGUCCACGGCCAACCAGAAGACCAAGCCUCCCAUGACCUCGGACUCGUCGACGAAUCCCGGCAUGUGGAUGGCGCCCAACUCUGCAUCGGACUGCGUGAUCACGCGAUCGAUCGCUAUGGAUUGCUCGCUAAAUCCGUCCUCAACAAAUGGGGCAUCUACGAAACCAAGGAUUUCGGGAACAUCAUCUUCGCACUCGUCGAUGCCGGAUUGAUGCGGACCACUGACGAGGAUUCGAUCGAGGACUUCGAGGAUGUCUACGACUUCAAUGAAGAGUUCGCUUCACCCAAGAUGCAGCCGGUUCGCGAUGUUCUUCUGGGACUCGGUAUUUUCGCGCUUGUGCUCAUCGGACAGAAGGCUUCGGUGGUCACUGUGCCGCUGCUGCUCGCGUUGUUGUUUGCGUAUCUGUUUGAGCCGGUGAUCGUGUGGUCAAUGGGGAAGUUCGGCAUCAAACGCCGGACAUCCGUCAUCGGGAUCAUCACAGCCGUGGUCAUACUGGUGGUCAUCCCAUCGACGAUCGGUGCAUCGUUCGGGAUUGCGCAGAUGGUCAACUUUGGUCAGGGGAUGAUCAACAACAUCGAAGCCGUCCAGCAAGCGCAGAAGAUCCCGGACAUUGAAAACGCUCAUCGAGCACUCGCCGACCAGAACAUUGGUGGCGCAUGGAUUACUAUCCACGACUCAAUCCGCAACGCCGAUGACGAGGAUAGUGCGGUCGGACAGUCGCUCGCAGCGAUCAACGAUUGGCUGCUUGAGAAUAAGGACCAGGUUGCCGAGACUGCUGCGAGUGUGGGUAUUGAUAUGGUGAACAAGUUUUUCUCGUUCAUCGGAGCCGCAUUCGGAUUCGGAUUCAUGGGAUUCGUCACUGCAUUUUUCUUCUUCUUCAUCGCAACUGAAUGGGUAAAGGUCAAGGGCUUCGGCGCGAGUUUGCUCCCUGACAAGAACCGCGAUCGAGUGAUCGAUCUGCUGACCAAGUUUGAUGCUGUGAUCUCGGGAUUCAUCCGUGGUAGAUUGACGAUCGCUUUUGUCCAAGCGAUUGUGUUCUCGAUCGGAUUCUUCGCGAUCGGAGUUCCAGGUGCGUUUAUCUUGGGGCCUGUCAUCGCGGUGCUUUCGAUCGUGCCGUAUCUUGCGCUUGUUGGCGUUCCCAUUGCGAUCUCGCUGUUGUGGCUUGAGGGGCACACGGGACUGCGCGGCGAAUGGUACUGGGUUGUUGGCGCACCAACGAUUCUGUACUUCUUUGGACAGGCGCUCGAUGACUAUGUCUGGACGCCAUUGAUCCAAGGCAAGAGCACCGGGAUGGAUACGCCGACGAUUCUGUUCGCAUCACUCGCGGGCGGGGCGCUGUUUGGGGUGUUCGGAUUGCUGAUCGCGAUCCCGAUCGCGGCGUGCGUGAAGAUCCUGAUCCAAGAAAUCUUCUGGCCCAAGUUCAAGGAUUGGGCCGAGGGGCGAGCCGAGGAUCCGUUGCCGAUCGAGAACUGA